AUGGCUGGGCCCGGCAGACUGUCUGGAAUGGUGCGGAACUGUUCUCCUCCCUCCUGGUACAUAGUAGACACUGGUCGUCUGGCCCAUGGCAAGUUGCUGUGCCGGCUUGUGAAUUUGCAGGAGACGCUUGCAUUGGGUGCAUCGGAGAGGGGCCCUGGGGCCUCUCUAACCAUCGUUGCAGGCAUUACCUGGCAUGGCGACUUGGAGUACACCAGGCGCCCGCGCAUUUUGUGCGCAUGA